ACGCGGAGUCCUAAACGUCAGUGGUAUUGUUUGUUGUUUGUCUAUUCGUGGACAGUGUUGGUAGUACGUGCAAAAAUAGAACGUCUCGGUUUAAAAGGACAUAAAAGGACUUUCAUAAUGAACAACAACAUCAAUGGGCAAGUCGAUGGACAGAAUGUGGUCGAAUAUUCUACGUUAGAUAAUUCCGUGAAGGAAUUGAUCCAGGCAGCUAUACAGGUACGGAACAACGCAUACUGCCCAUACAGCAACUUCCCCGUGGGAGCAGCGUUAAGGACGACUACGGGUGAAAUCGUAACCGGAUGCAACGUGGAAAAUGGCACGUUUGGACCGUCCGUCUGCGCGGAACGAACAGCCGUUUGCAAAGCCAUUAGCGAGGGAUAUCGCGAGUUCACCGCGGUGGCUGUGGCGGCUUAUCAGGAGGCGGAAUACACGGCACCCUGCGGCACCUGUCGUCAAACACUGUCGGAAUUCAGUGCAAAAGAUAUACCCAUCUAUCUGGUCAAACCUUCGCCAGCGAGGGUUAUGAUAACAUCGCUAUUUAAACUGCUGCCACACGCCUUCUCGCCCACCUUUCUUAACCAAAAAUAGUCCACAGUGUCGCGUGCUAUGUUGAGUUCGGGAGACACAAACAAGCACACGAAAUAUCCAAUAACUUAACUGUACUGGUGAAUUGUGCACGCGUUAUCUACCAACUGGAAGCCCAACGAGAAGCUAUCUUAUCCGAACCCGAGACUUAUUUCGGCAAACAUACACUCUCGCUAGUACAAUCCUUAAGUGGUAUAUAGCAGUGCAAUACAUACAUGCUUGGUGUGACAAGCUUUACCAAAGAAGCUUCGGUGGCAGGUUUU